CCACAAAAUCAAACCAUAUAAUAGUAAUUGUGCCACGAAGGGGGGUCACAAGCGUCCCCAACACUUGGGAUAUUGUUUUAUUGAUUUUUCGACUCGCGGAAAACACUAUUACGCAAUUUUUCACUUCUCGUCAGAGAGAGAUGUUUGGAUCACUUUUGUAGAAAACUCAGACUGAGAAAGACGGAUUUGUCGGAGCUAUUUUGUACCUUUGUGCAUCACGAAAGGACAGUCAGUGAUUUAGUGCUUUUCACAGGAGAUUUGUUUUUCAAAUUGCAAUGAAGAAUUUACGAGUAUUUUUUGUGCUUAUUGUUGUGCUGGCUAUUCUCGUGAAGCAUUCAUCACCAGCGACAAUAUGGAAGAAUGUUAACACAGUGAACACAACAACACCCAAACCCGAUGAGGUGAAUGAGGAAGUUCUGGAAUUGGCACAUCUCAAGAGUCUCACAUCCCAUGGUGAGGCAAAGGACUUCCCGAGUCUCGAGCAGCAACUCAAUGCUCUGGAGGACCCAAAGAACCAUCGUGGACAGCCUGAAGAGGCUACUGGUUCCAACGAUGUGUCCAAUGAUGUUACUCCAGCCGAAGAUGAGGAAAAAGGCCUCGAAUAUGAGAGUGACAUAAAACCUCUGCUGAAGAACAGCCAUGGGCAGUAUUCGGCCUUCGAUAUGGCACAGUAUGUGUUCUGGACGGGGGAUGAGGCUGGAGUGGCUCGUGCCAUUGAGGAAUUAAUUCAUGAGAACCUCAUUGGUCGAGAAAAGGCCAUAAAGCUUCUUAGUGAGAUUAAGAUGGAAAUUGAGUAUCUUCAGAAGGCCUACGGAACACGAGGAUUAACUCGACCACCUCCAGCUCCAACAACCAUGUCAACCCCUAUUCCCUCCACCACUUCCCCAGAGAAUGAGUCCAAAUCUGAAUUUCUCAGCAGGCUCCGGGGUAUGGCCACAAGUGGACAAUAUGGAAACAUUUUGGAGAGCAAUUCUGUGGACUAUGACGAAGCAGCUGGAAGACUUCGACUAGCAGAUUUUCUCUAUGCCGAAUAUUCCCUCGAGGAGAUCAUCUAUCAACUGGCCAAGGUGAUGUUCUCACAGUCUUUAAACAAAGGUUCUGAGCACGCCCACAUAGCCCUACAACGUCUUACAGAAUUUCUCGAAUCCGAGGGAAAUUAUGGGCGCAUUUCUCCAAGUUUGCAAAAGAAGGUUCUCGAUGUCCUUCUAGCAGCACUCUCAGACACCCUUGCUGAUGUCCAAAAUGCCCAGCAAGCACAUUCUGCUCAUAAGGAGCAGUCGCACAAGUAAACCACAGUUCCUCACUAUCCCUUCUAAACUAAACUUGCCCACUCACCCCAGAAUCACAGAAUAGUUUACGUAGUAGAAAUUCCUUUAUCAUAAAUCUCCGUUGUUGCUUUAUCAGCAAUUGCCGAGCGUCACAAAAAUAUAUUUGAUGGUAAGUCUUUGCAGAGAAAUUGUUCAGUUUAUUUUUGAGCGUUUCUUUCAAAUACAAAUACAGUAAUAUAGAAAGAAUAAAAACUUUUGGUUAUGAAAAUUUGGGAUUGGAUAAAAUGAAGUAUAGUCAAAUGUGCUAAUCCGGACGCUUCGCUAUAUGGAUCGUUUACGACUAAUCGACUUAAAAUAAUAUUUUUAUUUCCGUAAUAUGCCCAACACACAAUAACUUUUGUUUUGUAAACAUGUUUUCGAAAUUGCAUAUGAGAGUGAGCGAGAUGAAUAGAUCUAGAUCUCACUCUCUCUCAAGGGAAGCUCGGAAAACAUGUUUACAAACAAAAGUUAUUGUGUACUGGGCAAUACAGUCACUACAGUAACAUAAUAUAACUAUUCAAGUUUGAGAAAAAGCAAAAAUAAUAUUUUUAUCCAUUAAAUAAGUGAGUGUAAUCGACUUCAAACUUGUGUCAGCUGGGUUCUUCACUAAAAAUUUUCUAGCAGUGAUAUUUUCGCUAAUGACAGCUGGUUGAUUGAAAACAUUUAUUGUUUUUUCCUUGUGAAAAAAGUAUUUUAAAUCCAAAGAUUUAAUUAAAAGUGAAUUAGCCAACCCCCUGGCAAGUUGGCUUUUUUAGAUGGAGCUAUUUGAAGCCAAUUCCUAAAUUGAUCUCGGACUCAGCUCACAGUACUCCGAGGAAAAAAUGUAUUUAAACAAAAAUUUAGUAUAUUUAUCCCUCCAUACGGAAAGGUAUCUUAUAACACGGAAAAGCUUCUCAUCUUUUUCCCAUGAGAAAGUGACUUCAAAUUUCAGGCAACUUGCCAGGGGGUUGGAAUUAGCGAAAAGACGACCCAGUUAGUGCAUGCUGACUUAUUUCAGUAUUAUCAGUAUUUUAUAAAUUUUCUUUAAUAUUUUUGAUAAUUUUUUAUAUUAUGUUUCUGAAUGAAACAGUGAAUAAUUCUAUGGAUUUAGAAGAAGUAAAAAAGAAUUUCAUCAGUCCAAAAACAAGCGUUUAAGUAGCACUCUUCGGAAAACGAUCCAGUUGCCCCACCUUACUAUAGGUGACUUAGAAAAUAGCAUAAAUAUUGCUUUGCCAUAUAAAGGACUAAGGGAAAAUAGGAAACAUUUGAAUUAGGUCACCUUUAAAAUAGUUUUUGCCUAUUUAUUAAUGGAACUGACCUUUACUAUGAUAAUAUUUAAUUUUAGCUCUACAAAGCAAUUGUGAAACUAAAUUGCAUUAUGAUAAGGCUUAGUUCCAUUUUAAAAUAGACAAAUUUCUAUUUUAAUUUUUAAAUUCAAAGUGUGGCGGAAACGGAAACGAAUUUUGGACAGGACCGGAACUUCUGUGGAACACCACCGAUCUCCGCUGCGAUCGGUGCCACUCUGACCGGUCUCACAGAGGAAACAAACUUGUGGAAAGCAGUUUCCACAGUAGCACAGUCACUCGAUACAGAAAGAAUUGAGAAGGAUAGGGAGAUCUAUGAGCUAUAUCUACUCUUAAAUGGGAAGAGGAAAUAAUGGAGUUUUUUUUUGGAUGGUACCGCUACAAAAACUUUCCCAUUUUCCCCUACGUAGAAAAAGUUCUGUGGAGUAAAGCUCUUAAAUAAAAGAGUUAGUCAGACAACUAGAGCCUGAUUAUCACUGACCCUCACUAAACAAAAUGUUGACAAAACAAUAAAUUUUCCCUGCUCAAAAUAGAACUAUAAAAAAAAUGAUUAAGGAAAAAUAGCAAUAUUUUGUCAUAUCUAUAAAAUUAAGGCAAUGCAAAGAAAAUUAUUACCAAAAUUACCACGUACGAUGUUUGCUGAUUGAAGUAACGAUCCAUUGUUUAAAAAAAAUGCUAUUUAGACAAAGAAGGUACGCAUUUUCAGAGACAAAAGAGUGAAGAAUUUUCCUGAUAUAGAAAUAGAUUACACUUCCGCAAUUAUUUUGCCAUUUUGAGGGCUUUUCCCUUCGACAUAGCUGACAAGAGGAAAAUCUGUCGGAAGCAUGUGAAAUUCCUUUAAAGCAGAUUCCACAAACAAAUAUAUAUAUAUUUCAUGUAAAUGAGAAGCAGAGUUUUUCUAAAUGUAUAUAAGAGAAACAAUGAAAAAUAUCAAAUUGAUCUAAACUUAUCUCGUCCAUUUACUAUACACAAUAACUAUAAAUGUCUUCUCGUAUUAGCAGUGCAAAAAAAAAAAUUGGCAAAAGAUCAAUUUGAUUACCAAAUUUUGAGGCUUGAUUGAGAAAUAUUCUAAAAGAAUUCUCCAUCAACAAAAGGUCAUCAUCACAUCAAAUACUAUUGUAAACCAAGAUCAAAAAUGAUAGAUAAUAGAGUUGAGAGGAGACACAAAAAUAGUCUAAGUAAAGAUAAUAAAAACAAAAUAAAAAAAUAUCACUGUAAUUGCAAUAUUAGAAAGUGAAACAAUAGUGUUAACAGAAAAAAAUUAUAUAUGUAACAAUGCAAUGACAAUUUAACAAACGAUAAUAAAGAGACAGAUAUUAGAUGAAAA